CCAGUGCCAGAUCCCCCACCUCGCCGCCUCCGAUGACCACAGACCCCUCCGCUCCUCCCUAGCCCACGCCGCCCCCGCCACCUCCUCCUCCUCGGAUGGAACCCGCGGCGGCGCCGGCCUCCCCUGCAAGCCCUGACGGUGGCCAUGCCGCCGGCACCGUCCGGCGGCGCCAGUACGCGGCGCUGGGGCUCACCUUCGCGGCCUACGCGGCGUUCCACGCCUCCCGCAAGCCGCCCAGCAUCGUCAAGGCGGUCCUUUCCGCCGAAUGGGCGCCGUUCACCGGGCCCGAGGGGACCCACCACCUGGGCGAGCUCGACGUCGCCUUCCUCGCCGCCUACGCCGCCGCCAUGUUCGCCGCGGGCCACCUCGCGGACCGCGCCGACCUGCGCGUGCUCCUCAGCGCCGCUAUGCUCGCCUCGGGGGCCGCGUCGGCGGCGCUCGGGGCCGCCUACUUCCUCGGCGUCCACAGCCUCCCCUUCUUCCUCGCCGCGCAGGUCGCCAGCGGCGUCGUCCAGUCCGCCGGCUGGCCCUGCGUCGUCGCCGUCGUGGGGAACUGGUUCGGCCACGCCUCCCGCCGCGGGACCAUCAUGGGGGUGUGGAACUCGCACACCUCCGUCGGCAACAUCGCCGGCUCCGUCCUCGCCGCCGCCGUGCUCGAGUUCGGGUGGGGCUGGUCGUUCUUGGUGCCGGCGUUCGUCAUCGCCGCGCUUGGGGGCGUGGUGCUGGUGUUCUUGGUCGCUCACCCGGGUGAUGCUGGCUUGGACCUGGAUGCCAUGGAGGUUGAGAUGAGUGGGGAUGGUGGGGAGGAGGUGGAGCUUCUUGUAGAGGACAAGAAAGAUGUUGAGGUGGAUGACGAUGGUGAAUUGGAAUUGGAAAUGGGAUCUCAGCUUCCUAGGGCCAUUGGGUUCUUGGAGGCAUGGAGAUUGCCCGGUGUCGCGGAAUAUGCAUUCUGCCUCUUCUUCUCCAAGCUUGUUGCUUAUACCUUCCUCUACUGGUUGCCAUUCUAUAUCCGGAACAAUGCUGUAGCUGGCCAGUUCUUGUCACACAAGGCUUCAGGAAUUCUGUCAAUUGUAUUCGACAUCGGAGGAGUUCUUGGAGGGGUUUCCGCUGGUUUCCUCUCCGACGCAAUCGGUGCCAGAGCUAUAACAUCAGCUCUGUUCCUCCUCCUCUCAAUCCCCGCUCUUAUCCUUUACCGGACAUUCGGAAGCAUAUCCAUGCACCACAACGUCGCCCUCAUGUUCAUCUCCGGCUACUUCGUGAACGGCCCCUACUCCCUCAUCACCACCGCUGUCGCAACGGAUCUCGGCACCCAGGACGCAAUCAAGGGAAAUUCACGGGCACUAGCCACCGUCUCUGCGAUAAUCGACGGCACCGGCUCUGUCGGCGCAGCAUUGGGGCCCUUGCUGACGGGGUACAUCUCGACAAGAGGAUGGAACAGCGUGUUCUUCAUGCUGAUUGUGUCCAUAUCCCUCGCCCUCGUGUUUUUGAUACGCAUAGCGAGGGGCGAGAUAGUCGCCAAGAUCGGGGCCAGGCGUUAGGUUUUAUUUGCUGGCGCCUCGGAACCGCGAGAGGCCUUUUUCGCGGGAGUUGUAAAAGUCUGUAGGAGUUAGGUUAAGGCCAUCUCUUGGUUCAUGUAAAUUGGUUGGUUGGAUGCACAUAUGUACACCCGUGGAAAUGGAAGGCUGGAUACAGAUGCUGUUUUUCUAUUUGCGCCAUAGUACCUCUCAGCAAGGGGAUUAACAAAA